AUGAGAAAACCUACCCAGAGCGAAGUUAAGAAUAAAAUGAGACGUCCGGAGAUGAGGAAACCUGCUCCGAAUGAGGGAAAAAUGGGUAUUAAGUAUAUGGCUGCUAUAUAUAUCAAAGGUCGCAGCUCGGCUCGAAGUUCGAUCUUUUUGAACUGGAAGCCCACAUGUCGUGAAAAUCUAUUUUAUGUACCAGGUAGUAUGUACCCCCCUUCCUUCGAGGGGGAUCAUCCAAGUUUAACAUUGUUACCAGUGUUCGAACCGCACUUCAAAGCUCGAAGUUCGAUCUUUUUGAACUGGAAGCCCACAUGUCGUGAAGAUCUGUUCUACGGUCUACCCCCAUCGCUCUGCGUCAACGAACCUAUACGCACCUUCGAAGAGCGCCAUGGCUUUUUGAGGAAAAGCCUUCCCCAUCAGAAGGCUGUAGAACAGGAAAGGAACGCUCAUCAGAUGAUAGUAAUCCCGCCAAAGGAUCUUCAUCAGAUUAAUUCAGGUCUUUUACGUUCUUUUAUUUACUGGUACAAAGUUGGCAAAGGGCGCAUAAUGGAGGCAUGA